AUGCUGCUGAAUAAUAAUGUGACUGAAUUCAUUCUGCUUGGGCUGACACAAGAUCCUGUUAAAAAGAAAAUAGUGUUUGCCUUUUCCUUGCUUUCCUACUUAGGGACAUUGUUGGGUAACUCGUUGAUUAUUGUUACCAUUAAGGCCAGUCGGGCACUUGGAAGUCCAAUGUACUUCUUCCUUUUCUACUUAUCCUUAUCUGAUACCUGGUUUUCUACUUCCAUGGCCCCUAGAAUGAUUGUGGAUGCCCUUCUGAAGAAUAGCACUAUCUCUUUCAGUGAGUGCAUGAUCCAAGUCUUUUCAUUUCAUUUCUUUGGCUGCUUGGAGGUCUUGAUCCUUAUCCUGAUGGCCAUUGACCGCUAUGUGGCCAUCUGUAAGCCCCUGCACUACAUGAGCAUCAUGAGCCGGCGGGUCUGCAGUGUGUUGGUACCUCUAGCCUGGGUAGUGUCCUGUGUGCAUUCUUCAGUUCAGAUUUUUCUGACCUUGCGUUUACUUUUCUGUGGUCCCAAUGUGAUUGAUCACUAUUUAUGUGACUUGCAGCCCUUGUUGAAACUUGCCUGUACAGACACCUAUGUGACCAAUCUGCUACUGGUAUCCAAUAGUGGGGCCAUUUGCACAGUGGGUUUUGUCAUGCUGAUGUUCUCCUAUGUUAUCAUCUUGCAUUCUCUGAGAAACCACAGUGCUGAAGGGAGGAAAAAAGCCCUUUCCACCUGCAUAUCACAUAUCAUUGUAGUCAUCUUGUUCUUUGGUCCUUGUAUAUUUAUAUACACACGUCCCACAACUACCUUCCCCAUAAAAAAAAAAAAAAAAAAAACCAUGGAUAAGAUGAUAACUGUGUUUUAUACAUUUGGAACACCUUUGAUUAACCCUCUGAUUUAUACACUGAGAAACGCAGAGGUGAAAAAUGCCAUGAGGAAGCUAUGGAGCAAGAAACUAGUCUCAGAUUACCAAAGAUGAACAGAAGUUUCAAACCCUUUUUCAAAAUUUGGAUUGACCUAGAAGAAUUCAACAGAAAAUAUUACCUUCUUAUUGUGGAUUUAAUGGAAUCCUAUCUGGGGAAAUGUCAGCUAAUUCCUUCAGGAAAAUAAGCAAUAUGAAAACAUUCACUUGUUAAAGUUGAGUCAAUUUCAUGUAG